UUAUCUUACCAAUUAGCAAAUGACAAUUAUUGUCAAAUGACAAUGUGAAGUUGUCAAGUCUAUAUCAUAAUAUUUUGUAUUUUCAAAGUAAUCCAUCAAACUUAAUUUCGUUACAAAGUAUCAAAUAAUUUGCGAUAUUUAAAUGUAAAUAAUGUCUGGCAAUAAGCAAGAUGUCCUUUGGUCGCCAAUUCAUCACGAUAAAUUCAUUGUAUGGGGCCAGGAUAUAACCUUAUACGAAGUAGCUCGGCUACAAGAUAUCGAAAAAAGGUCUACAUAUACUCAAUUGUCAUCCACACAAGGUGCAACGGUAGUUGCAUCGCAGAGUGGUAGUGGUGUAAGAUGCGUGGACAUAAGUGCAAUUGCAGACCACCCGGAUCCAUUACUAGCACUGGGUCACAACAGUGGCCGAGUCACAUUAACCAGCCUCAAACAAACAUAUGAUCCACUCGGGUUGGUAGGAAGGGAAUUUGUGGCAAAAUAUCCUAGACCGUGCAUCUCUGUAGCCUGGAACUGCACUGAGAGCUCUCUCCUUGCAGUGGGCAUGGAGAAGCACCGCAGUGACAACUGUAUCUUGUUAUGGGACGUACAGUCAAGUGGCUUAGAUGAGUAUGAUGAGAGCUCGCCCACUCCUUCAGAGCCAGCGCGGCCACUAUCCGGGGUCGGCAAGGGCGAGACGGCGCACAGCGUGGCAUGGUGCGGGUUCGCACCCAGGACUAUCGUCGCCUCUAUGAAUCUGAAGCAUAUUAAAAUAUUCGACCUGAGAGAGAACGGCGACAAGGCGAGCGCCACCACCAGCAGCCGGCUGAACCUGGGCGCCGUGUGCGAGGCGGGCGGCUGGCGGCUGGCCACGCGCGGGGACGCCGGCGCCUGCGUGUGGGACGCGCGCGCGCUGGCCGCGCCGCUGCUGACGCUGGCCAUGCCGCGGGCGCCGCGCCGCCUGCUGUGGUGCCCCACCAGGCGCAACUUGCUGAUAUCCUUGCAACGCGACUCGAGCACUCUCCGGCUGCACGACAUCCAGCAGGUGCACGAUCAUCAGUCGCAGGAGGCGUUCGACGGCGUCUCGGAGGAGGCGGAGACGGAGCCUUGCGGUCGCGGCGCGCUGGAGCGCGACGUGUGGGUGUGCGGGGCGCCGCUGGCCGCCUUCGCCUGCCACCCGACGCGCCGCGCCUGCCUGCUGGUGCUCACCGCGGCCGGCGCGCUGUCGGAGUACACCGUGUCGGAGCGCGUGUCGCUGUCGUGGGGCGCCGGCGGGGCGCUGGCGUGGGCGGGCGGCGGGGCGCUGCGCCGCAUGCACCCGGCCUUCUACUCGCAGGUGCGCGACGUGGCGCACGUCAUGCGCGAGCGCGCCUCCACCGACUACGGACUCAAGCCCGACCUGUGGCAGAACGCUGACUUGGCAGACGACGAAGCGCUCAGCGGGCUGUGGCACUUCCUGGCCCUCAGCAAGUCUCUCGUCGAGGACGGCUGCAUCCGCAACAGCCCGUGGAAGCACCCGGGCGUGCGCGGCGUGCUGCGGUCGCCCGGCGAGGGCUACCGCUCGGAGGCCGCCGCCACGCUGCUGCCCGACCUGCCCAGCCGCAAGGUGACCACGUACCGCUCCGCCGAGCGCACGCGCGCGCUGCAGCUGUGCGGCUGGGGCUGGGGCUGGGACAGCGCGGGCGCCGGCGUGGAGCGCGCCGAGGCCGAGGGCACGCCGUGCCGCGCCGCCGCGCUGGCCGCCUUCCACCUGCGCCUGCGCGCCGCGCUCGACGUGCUGGCGCGCGCGCGGGCGCCGGCGCUGCGCGUGGCGGCGCUGGCGCUGGCGCCGUGCGCGGGCGCGGGCGCGGCCGACGAGCGCCUGUGGCGGGAGGCGCUGGCGGCGGCGGCCCCGGCGCUGCCCGACCCCUACCUGCGCGCGCUGCUGCACUUCCUGUCCGCCGCGCUGCCUCCCAGCGCGCCGCAGCCGCACCAGCCCGACUACUCUGCCGUGCUCAACGAGACCGAGAUGCGGCUCGAGGACCGCGUGGCGUUCGCGUGCAUCUACCUGCCGGACGGGCCGCUGCACGAGUACUUGUCGCGCACGUGGACGGAGCUGCGCGCGCGCGGCUCGCUGGCGGCGCUGCUGCUGUCGGGUGUGAGCGCGGACGGCAUCGGCGCGCUGCAGCGCUGGCUGGAGCGCUCGGGCGACGUGCAGUCGGCGGCGCUGCUGGCGGCGCGCUGCGCGGGCGCCGAGCUGCUGCGCGACGAGCGCGUGCGCGGCUGGCUGGCGGCCUACCGCUCGCUGCUGGACGCGUGGCGCCUGUGGUGGCCGCGCUGCCUGCUGGACACGUGGGUGGCGGCGGCGGGCGGCGGCGGCGAGGGCGCGGGCGCGGGCGUGGCGUGCACGUACUGCGGCAAGCCCGUGGCCGCCGCCGCCACGGCGCGCCCGCGCCCCGCCUUCGCGCGCCUGCCGCCGCCCGCCGCCAAGAUGAAGCAAAUCUCGUCGUGCCCCAACUGCCGCAAGCCGCUGCCCCGCUGCGGGGUGUGCUCGCUGCACCUGGGCACGGGCGCGGCGGGCGGCCCGGCGCCGGCGCCCCCCGUGCCGCCCGCGCCCCCCGCCCCCGCGCCCGCCCCGGCGGCCGGCGCCGCUGCGGGCGCGCACUUCGGCGGCUGGUUCAGCUGGUGCGUGGCGUGCCGGCACGGCGGCCACGCGGCGCAUUUGCUGCAGUGGUUCAGCGAACACUCGGAGUGCCCGGUGAGCUCGUGCACGUGUCGCUGCAGCGCACUGGAUCCCCCCGACCCUCCGGAGGUGCCCUCCGCGCCCGCCGCUCCCCCCGGAAGCGUCGCAGUACCAUCGGGAGGGGACUCAUGACGACUAUUGAAUGUUCAAAGAUAGGCGUUAUAUUUUAUUUAAACGUGUGCAUAAAGUGUAACAGCCAUCUGCGACGACUCGGCUGUGUCGUUUCUGACAGAUUCCAUAGAAUUUGUAUAUACUUCUAAACUAGUUCUUCUUGCCUUUUAAAAUACAUAUAUUUUGUUAACCAUUAACAGGUGACACAAAACAUUUAUUCCUAUUGACUAACGACAUUAUCUUUGAGCUCCGAUUAUGAAACAAACAUUAACUGCAUUAGGAAUGUUCUUCGACAUCUCACUUCCAUUUAUUAAUUGUAGGUUAUGUAUGAAGUGCAAUAACUAUUGUAAUGUGAGGUAUUUAAUAUCGAUUCACUUGCAAAUAUUAAUACUAAGCUCUUGAAUCUUUGAACACAGAAAUGUUCUAUAUGUGUACAGCUGUGAGUGUAGUUACAGGCACAAGAGAUUUUAUUUAUAUAUUAACAAUAUUGUACUUGUCUAAAAGAUAUAUGUAUAUAAAUAUUAUGACAAAUGUGAUAUUAAACGAGGCACAGUCAAAUAAUAAUAUAUAUUGUAAUAUAAAUGUUUUAUUGGAAUAAGCUUUUCGCGUUAUUGAUAAAAUAAUGUAUAAAUUAGAGUUAUUUCGUGCUAAUCGACAUUAUUUUUAUCGUGUUCAUGUAAUGAAAUGUGAAUAUUAAUUUCAGAUAUUUUCAUUGUAGUCGUAGCUUGGGGUUGGGGAAGCAACCCACUAUUAAAAUCAUGCCCAAGGGGGAGUAGACCGCUAAUUUUCCAAUGCCAUUGAUACAAUAA